AUUGUUUUUAGUUACUCCUCAGCUCAGUGGAGAAAAUAGAAAUAUUACACUAUGACGAUAGACGACGAGAAAUCGAUAUAUGUUGGAGGAAUUCCCUACGAUUGCACUGAAUCCCAACUUCGUCGUGUUUUUGAUUUAUAUGGUUCCGUCGUCGCUGUUAAGAUAGUUAAUGAUCGUGGUGUGGGAGGAAAAUGUUAUGGCUUUAUUACUUUCAAAAAUCCUCGAUCUGCAACUGAGGCCAUCAGUGAGAUGGAUGGGCGGACUAUUGGUGGUCGAGUUGUGCGGGUAAAUGAAGUAAAAACAAGAGGUGCAGAUGAGAGAUCUAACUAUGGUCGUGAAAGCUUACGACGCAAUCAAAGAGACAUCGAUGGGGACAAGCGCAGAAGUAGAGAACGGGAGAAUGACUAUGAUAAGGACAGGCAACGCAUAAAUCCUCAAGAGCAUGAUGGAAGGUGGGAAAGAAAGUAUGAUCACACUCGUGAUCGUGAACAUUCUCGUGUACUUAAUCACUGUCGUGAUUUUGAACAUUCUCGUGAUCUUGAUCACUCUAGAGAUCACUUGCAAGGAAAAGAACGAGAGGAAAACAGGGAUUUAAUGCAGUGGGAAGGAGAACGGGAGCGGGCACAUGGCAGAAAUCGUGAUCGGGAACUGGAAAGAGAUGACAGCUUGAAUUAUACUCAAGAUAGGGAGCUUGAUAGAGGUGAUGAUCAUGAUAGAAGGAUUGGCAAGAACAGAGAUCAUCACACAAAGAGAAAGCACAGUUUUAGUAGUUCUGAGCGACAAAGUAGGGAAUUUUCAUCAGAAUCGAGUGAUUAUCAUGAUCAGGUGGAAGAGCAGCUAGAUUUGUUGAUUAAAAGACGUGAAGAACUUCAGAAGGAGAAAUCUGAUAUGGAGCAGAGGUUAGAAGAGAAGAAACUACUCAUAGCUGAUUUGCACAAAAGAUCCCUGAUACUGGAAGACUCAUUAACCUCAGCGAAAAAAUAUUCUUCAUUGCGUCAAAUGCAGUUGACAAAGUUGCGUAAAUGUUUCUUGCAAGUGAAGGAGUGUGGUGAAAGACUGAAAAGCUCUGAAGAUGAACUUCAGGUCAGUUUCCCAAGUAGCCAUAAAGGACCUCGUCUAUUCAGUAAGCAUGGAAAUUGAUGCAGGUGGUGAUCUUGGAGCAAAGGACGCUUACCUGACGAAUGGCGAAUGUUGAGAAGCCUCUUUAAGAUCUAGAAAUACAGUUUCAUCUAAUGUAUAUGCAAGUCUAGGACUUAUUUUCUUUUGUUUGUUUUACUGUUGAAAUCCGAGCUGCUUUUAGAUUGCAGCGCUCAAGGCAAUGCAACUUGUAGAUUGUUUGCAUUGUCAAUGUGCUAAAUAUAUACUUCUAAAUAUAUAUGUUUUCUCUAUGUUUUUUUCGAA